GACGUUCCGCUGCGUCCCGCGCAACCGGAAGUGACCGGGCCUGAGGCGGAGGGACCAGGUGGAGCGGAAGUCACUCCGUGAGGCAGUGGCGACAGCGGCGGCGAGAGGAUGAACAACAAGUUCGACGCCUUGAAAGAUGAUGACAGUGGGGACCAUGAUCAGAAUGAAGAAAACAGCACACAGAAAGAUGGUGAGAAGGAAAAAACGGAACGAGACAAGAAUCAGAACAGUAGCAAAAGGAAGGCUGUUGUCCCUGGACCAGCAGAGCACCCCCUGCAGUACAACUACACUUUCUGGUAUUCCAGGAGAACCCCUGGCCGUCCUACCAGCUCACAAAGCUAUGAACAGAAUAUCAAACAAAUUGGCACCUUUGCCUCUGUGGAGCAGUUCUGGAGGUUUUAUAGCCACAUGGUACGUCCUGGGGACCUGACAGGCCACAGUGACUUCCAUCUCUUCAAAGAAGGAAUUAAACCUAUGUGGGAGGAUGAUGCAAAUAAAAACGGUGGCAAGUGGAUUAUUCGGUUGCGAAAGGGCUUGGCCUCCCGUUGCUGGGAGAAUCUCAUCCUGGCCAUG